AUGCAUGAACUUAUCAUUAUGAAGGUUGAAGAGAAACAUAGUCUGCUUCGGUUCUUAUUACUGUGUUCAGUACUUCUUUAUGCAGGGUUUGCAGUGGAGGGUUUAUCAUAUGAUUACACAGCCAGCGUGGAGUGUUUGGAGAAGCCUCUCAGACCUCAGUAUGGUGGAGGGAUGAUAUUGAAUCCUGAUUUGAAUGAUGGGUUGAAAGGAUGGUCUGUGUCUGGAGGUGCGAAGAUAGAAGAAAGAGUGUCAGGAGGAGGCAACAGGUUCAUUGUGGCUCAUAGCAGAAGCCACAAGAAUGACAGUGUUUCACAGAAGCUUUACAUGAAGAAGGACAAGCUCUACACCUUCUCUGCUUGGAUACAAGUUAGCAGCAGAAGUGCUUCUGUGGCAGCUGCUUUCAGAACAAAUGGCGGGGUGAAAUAUGCAGGUGCUAUUAUCGCCGAGACCGGGUGCUGGUCCAUGCUUAAAGGUGGCCUCACUGUGGAGGGUUCUGGCCCCGCUCAGCUCUAUUUUGAGAGCAAUGACACAUCAGUUGAGAUAUGGGUGGAUAGCGUCUCAUUACAACCCUUCACUAAAGAAGAGUGGAGGACCCAUCAAGAUCAAAGCGUUGAGAAGACACGCAAGACAAAAGUGAGACUCCAAGCAGUUGAUGGCAGAGGGAAUCCAGUAGCAGGCGCAAAAAUGGCAGUAACACUAGCCAAACGGAGUUUCCCAUUUGGUGCUGUUAUUUCUGACUACAUUCUCCAAAACACUGCCUUCCAGAAUUGGUUCACCUCAAGGUUCUCGGUUGCAACCUUUGCAAAUGAAAUGAAGUGGUACAGCACCGAAAACUCCCCAGGUGUGGAGAAUUACAAGGUCGCUGACGACAUGCUUCAGUUCUGCAAACAAAACGGCAUCGCCGUUCGCGGCCACAACAUUUUAUGGGAUGAUCCCAAGUACCAACCCAGUUGGGUUAAGUCACUUUCCCCUGGUGAUCUCCAAGCUGCUGUCGAUAGACGGAUAAACUCCAUAGCCAGCCGAUACAAAGGCCAAGUUAUUGCUUGGGAUGUUGUUAAUGAAAAUUUACAUUUUUCAUUCUUUGAGGACAAGCUAGGGGCUAGUGCUUCUGCAGCUGCGUUCCAGAAGACUCGCCAAAUUGAUGGAACAGUUGAGUUGUUCAUGAAUGACUAUAAUACUAUAGAGGAGAGAGGAGAUGGUGCAUCAUCACCAGCUAAGUACCUUCAAAAGCUGGGGGAGAUUCAAGCAUUUCUGGGUAGUGGGUCUGGGCCGUUGGCAAUCGGACUUGAGGGUCACUUUGGAUCUGCUCCAAACCUUCCCUACGUGAGAUCUUCAAUUGAUACUCUUGCUGCCAAAAAUUUGCCCAUUUGGGUGACAGAAGUGGAUGUUAGCAACAUGACUGACCAGGCAAUGCACUUUCAGCAGAUUCUGGAGGAGGUUCAUGCACACCCAGCAGUGAAGGGAAUUGUAACGUGGGGAACAUGGGAUCCAAGGGGCUGCUACAGGAUGUGUUUGACUGAUGGCAAUUUUAAAAACUUGCCCACAGGAGAUGUUCUGGACAAGAUAUUGGGGCAGUGGAGUAUUGCGGGGAUGGUAGGCGUGACGGAUGCUAAUGGUGUCUUUGAAGCUUCUCUUUUCCAUGGAGAUUAUGAAGUUACAAUUAGUCAUCCGACUGUGAUGAAAUCCUCCUUGACUCAGAGCUUGAAGGUGGUACCAUCCGCAGAUACUUCACACCAAACAACAGUACUGCUUGUUGAAGUGUCCCCAUGA